AUGGCUACUUCUCCAACCGCAAGCACUACCUCAAGCACUUUUGAUGACGAGGCCAAGGAGCUCUGGCCCGAAUGGAAGUUUUCAUUUGGGAAGCACCUUCCGGUCUUUCUUAUCCCGGACCUCCAAGAUGAUGAGAACUAUGAGGAAUGGAGAUUUAUGGCACAUACCAAGCUCCGUGCCUGCAAUCUCGAGGGCUUCAUCGAGGGCACGGAGACACCUCCUCAAGGAGACGACAGCCGCAUUGCCAGAUUGAACCAAAAGGUCUUUGCAGAAAGAAGGCAAUACGCCUUUCGGAUCAUCUACGACAGCAUCCAUCCCAUCUUGCAACAACUCAAGUCCAGUGGGCAUUGGAUCCUUGACGCCAACGAUCGCGAUCCCAAAGUCUUGUGGGAUGCCGUUCAUCGCUGGGAUGUCGACCGCCCCCUAACCUACAAAUGCCGUCUUAUGGAGGAACUAGUCGAUAUCUGCCACUGCCAACAUAAUUCGGACAUUCUCGCCUACCGCGAUAGAGCUUUCUGGCUUCGUACGCGUCUCAAGCGGAUGGGAACGCCGAUUGCGGAUCAACUUUACAUGGGCUUUCUGGUUAAAGGCCUACGGACUUAUGAUUCGAUCUGGGCCGAUUACCUGUACAAGCAAAUUGAGAGUGGAAGUCUCAAUCCCAGUCAGCUUGAAGUCGACAUUGGUAGUCAAUACCCCUUUUACAAGCAACUAAGAGAGCGCCGCGAAGGUGACCUCAAAAACAAACUCGUCGAACUGGAGUCACAGAUCAGGGGUCAACCGAGGAACAAGAGGCGCCGCAAGGCCAAAGACCAUCAUUCGGGUCCUAGCGGCGUCGCCAAAAGGUGUUCUAAUCGACAUUAA